CACCAGCUGAGUGCGUUUCACAUGCAGCGCCUCGACUGCUCAGCCUGCGAGCUGUGAGCACAGCAUUUGUUUCUGCCAUGGACGUCUACCGGGAGGCUGUGCAUUAUCUGGAGUCACAACGUGUACCAGUGGAAGCAGAGACAGAUGUCUUGGAAGAGGAUGUUUUCCGGGAUGAAGCAGAGCCUUGCCUUCUUUCUCCUCUUCACCCUGAGAGUAUAGACUUCCCCGACACCCCCACAUUGUGCAGCCUGGACGAGAUGCUGGAGAGAAGGCUUGUGGUCCUGAAAGGCAUCCUGGAGAGUGAGGAGGUUUAUCUCAGAGAGCUGGACGCCCUGCUGACGCCCAUGAAGGCUCUGAGGGCCUCGGCUGGGACCUCCCAGCCAGUUCUGUCCAGUCAGCAGGUCCAGACUGUUUUCUAUCAGGUGCCGGAGCUCAGAGACGUGCACCAAAGCUUUUACUCAGGCCUGAAGGCCCGACUGAGCACUCAGGCUGAGUUUGAGCUAAAAGUGGGGGACCUGUUUCUGAAAAUGGUGAACCAGAUCGGUCUGUACGGUGGUUUCAUUGAAAACUAUGAAAAGGCCGUCGAAGUCGUUAGGAAGUGCACACACUCUGAUCCUCGCUUCCGAACUCUGGCCCAGAGCAUGAUGUCUAACAACGGUGCAGACAAAACUAAAUACACAUUUGAAGCUCUCCUGUAUAAGCCUUUGGAUAGAGUCACCAAGACCACAUUAGUGCUGCGUGACCUGCUGAAGACGACACCAGAGGAACACAGAGAUUACGUAGCCUUGCAAGAAGCUCUGAGAUUGUCUCGCAGCUUCCUGUCUGGUGUCAAUGAGAGUUCACAGAGUAGACGGGAGGUUACUCUCAGUCACGGCAUGAGACGUCAGCUGAUGCGUGAUGGCUUUGUAGUGGAUGUGAGUGACGGGGAACGCAGCCUGCGUCACCUCUUCCUGUACACCGACCUACUGCUGUGCACUAGAUUCAAACAUGCAAACAGAGGGAAGCAGGACCAGUACAGGUUUGGCUGGUAUCUGCCUCUUGCCGGUCUCAGACUUCGUUGGGUUUCAGACCAGGAACGACCAUCUGACGUGAACAUCCGCUUACACUCCAUAAGAACCAAAAUGUACCUCCUACACCGGCAGCUACGACAACAUGCGAAGGGCUCCAGGGGCCUGGCUGUGCCAGCUCGUAGCAGGAAGAAGCUGGAACAAAUGGAGCUGAUGCUGCUCACACACUCUCCUCUUUACAGGCUGGAGCUGCACAGCCUCAGUGGAAAAAGCCACACUCUCCUCUUCUCCUCCCUGUUUGAAUUAGAAGAAUGGAGAGAAGCCAUCCAAAAACUGACCACAGACAACAUAGAAACCGUCCCUCCAGACCUGCUCACUCUCACAAGUGCAUGUGCGAAACUGAGAAUGACCCAGCAGCCGCCACUACACACCACUACUGCCGGAGAAGACGACAAGUCGCUAUGUGGGACUCUGAGUGUGGCCAUCCAUUCUGCUUUUGGUUUACAGCAACCAGCUUGUGUGUAUGUGUGUGUGGAAGUAGACGGCUAUGAGUUUUACGAUAAACAGGCCCAGACACACUCUUCAGUCCACAGCCUCAACCCUCACUGGGACCAGGAGCUGUCUUUCCAGGUAGACGGUGCACAGAACAUGAACGUACUGUGCGUGAGUCAGUCGAAUGGACAGAGUGACACAGUUCUGGGAAAAACUACUGUAAAGCUGAAACCUGAAACCCUAAACAAGCGAUGGAGAAGACAGACUCUCCAUCUGGGCCAGGUGGAGGUGAAUCUCUCCCUGAAAUACUCUCCCCACCCGCUCGAGCCUCCCAGCUCCACAGCCCAACAACCGCCCGUCUUCUGCGUUUCCAUCCAGAGCGUGGCACAACAGGAGGGAGUGUUUGUUCCUCAUGUGGUGCGGUGCUGUGUGGCCGAGGUGGAGAGCAGAGGCAUGGCUGAGGUGGGGAUCUACAGGAUUUCAGGAACUGGCAGUGAUAUCAACAUGCUCAAGGCUGCGUUCAACAGCAAUCUGCGUGAAGCAGUGAGCAGGCUCAGAAGCACCGACGUGAACGCUGUUUCUGGUGUCCUCAAGCUCUACUUCAGAGAGCUGCCUGAACCUCUGAUACCCACCGAGCUGUUUCAGAGUCUGGCAAGAACUCUGGACAUCCAGGACUUGAACUCACGGCUGGUCUCCAUGCUGUCCCUGCUGCAGUCCUGUCCUGACGCCAACCGCAACACCUUCCUCUACCUCUUGCAUCAUCUCCAACGAGUGUCAGAGAAGCAAGACGUUAACAAGAUGUCUCUGCUUAACCUGGCUACAGUAUUUGGUCCCAGCCUUAUACGCCCUCCCGUGGCUGGGUUGGGGUACGACGGCCCCACUGUGGACAUCUCUCAGGAGGUUGUGAUACAGGUCCAAGUGGUUUACAGUUACCUGCAGUGCGACUACCUCCCCGAAGCCCAGAUCUCUCUGCCACAUGACACAGAUGCUGAAGAUGAGACCACCCACGUGUGAGACCACCAUCUGUGUCGCGGCUGGCAGGGAAUUCAAACAGCGCAGCGUAGAGCCAUCUGAGUGAAGUCUGUAAGACAAUAAAGGUAUUUAUUGAUUAAAAAAUA